CUAUCAUAAAAUGAUCUUGUAAUCCCUUUCUAAGGUAAAAAUUUAAUCUCGGUAAGAGAUUUGGGAUGUCAUCAAUAUUGGCAAAUUCAUUUGGGAGAAUGUUUUGGUCAAACAGUUCGCCAUAGAAACCAAGCAACGAUCGCCCAUCGGUCAGUCUAGACCAGCAACUAGGAGCUUCAAGAUGGUUAUGGAACUUUAUUACAACCCGCUAAGCCGGCCCUCUCUCUCAGUAAUGCUACUAUCCAGAGCUCUGGACCUUAACCUCGAGCUGAAGGAAAUAGAUAUUCUGGGUAAAGAGCAAUACACAGAAGAAUAUAUGAAGAUAAAUCCUCAACAUACUGUACCGUUUCUCGUAGAUGACGACUUAUCUUUAUCAGAAAGUGGAGCAAUCAUGAUAUACCUCGUGGAGGCUUAUGGGAAAGACGAUUCACUUUACCCUAAUAAUCCAAAACAUAGAGCCGUAAUAAAUCAGAGAAUAUUGUUCGAUGCAGGGACUCUUUGGAUGCGAAUAAUGCAGUGUUUUAUGAUCCCAGUUCUCCAUCAAAACAUGGGAGUCAACGAUCUAUUGUUGGAAAGAGUUCACGAUGGUUUCACCACUCUGAAUUCAUUUUUGGAAAACAAGCAAUGGGCUGCUGGAGAUGAAAUCACUGUGGCGGAUUAUUGUUUAGUAACCACUGUAGCUGAUGCAGAGGCUGUGGGCUAUGAUAUUUCCAAGUAUCCGCACGUCAGCGAAUGGUUUACGAAAUGCAAAGAAACAAUGGUGGAUUACGACGAUUUAAUACAAAACGCAAUGGACAAUCUUACUUCAAUCUUUAACGAAAAACUAAGCAACGUCGAACCAUAAAAAAAGUAGCAUAUCAUCACUCCAUGAGAGCUAGUAAAAUUUUUGCACUAGCGU